GAUUUUUUGUCUCUUUUCACACGAACAUUAGCUUGUUUUUUUUGUUUUUUUUAAAUUUCCCACAAUCCUCCAUUUCCGGAAGUGAGCGUGAGCUUUUAUUGAACUGGACGCUGCAGAGCUGUUAUUUAGCAUCACCUCAGCAGGACUCCUGCCAGAGUUCCCCCUGUAACCUGCUGCCUGCUUGGAACCUGUGUGAAGUUCCUGUGUGAAGAAGUUCCUGUGCUUCCUGCUUCAUCUCAAAACAAGAUGCCAGCUGCACUUGCAGAUACGAGUCAGAUCAUCUGCGAGGUCUGGGCCAGCAACGUGGAUGAGGAGAUGAGGAAAAUCCGCCAGAUCAUUCAGAAUUACAACUACAUCGCCAUGGACACGGAGUUCCCCGGCGUGGUCGUUCGACCCAUCGGAGAGUUCCGCAGCACGGUUGAUUAUCAGUAUCAGCUGCUGCGCUGCAAUGUGGAUCUGCUGAAAAUCAUUCAGCUUGGUCUGACCUUCAUGAACGAAGAUGGCGACUAUCCCCCCGGGACCACCACCUGGCAGUUCAACUUUAAAUUCAAUUUAACAGAAGAUAUGUACUCACAGGACUCCAUAGACCUUCUGCAGAACUCAGGCCUUCAGUUUAAGAAGCACGAGGAGGAAGGGAUCGACACGCUGUACUUUGCAGAGCUCCUCAUGACCUCGGGUUUGGUGCUGUGUGAAAACGUGCGGUGGCUCUCCUUCCAUAGCGGAUACGACUUCGGCUACCUGGUGAAGCUCCUCACGGACGCUCGCCUCCCAGAGGAGGAACACGAAUUCUUUCAGAUCCUGAACCUCUUCUUUCCUGCCAUCUAUGAUGUGAAGUAUCUCAUGAAGAGCUGCAAAAACCUGAAGGGUGGACUUCAGGAAGUUGCAGAUCAGUUGGAGUUGAAGCGGAUUGGCAGACAGCAUCAGGCCGGUUCAGACUCUCUGCUGACUGGAAUGGCUUUCUUCAGGAUGAAAGAGUUAUUUUUCGAGGACAACAUCGACGACGCCAAGUACUGCGGCCGGCUCUACGGCUUGGGCUCGGGCUCUUCUCAGACUCAGAACGGCAUCUCCAACUCGUCACAGGAUGAAGCCAACAACAAGCACUGACCUCCGACGCACCACGCACUUGUUUUUAAUCCCUCAGAGCAGAUACUGGAUUCUCACACACACACACACACACACACACACCUCGAUUCACCUCCAUCCUUCAACCACAUCCAAGUUGGAAUGAUGGCGAAACCCGACCAAACGUCUCCAAACCAGUUCUGCCGUCACACCCGGUCCAAGCAAAAAAACGAACAAAUAUUCCGACUCCAGCUCUCCUGCGUAGCGGCGAUCAUUCCUCAUCAAGCGCAUCGUUCCUCCUGGACAUUUUAUUCGUUUGUUUUACGGCAUUAAACAACCGAGAGAAAAAUAUUUUUUAAGCACAGGACUAGCACCUCGUCUCUCCCAGCUAACGCGAGUCUCAGUGUUUUUAAUAUGCUCCACCAGCAGUUCGGCACAAUCUCGUUUAGGAUUGAUUUUUGUAUUUAUAAAAAAAAAACACAAAAAAACAAAAAUCCAAAACAAGGUCCGAAGAGAUCCGGCGCGGUCGAGUCGACGCAAGAAACAUCCGUUCCGUGUCAAUCUUUUAAACGAUGCUGCGAAGUGUUGUGUAUUAAAAUGUAAAGUUUUCAAAGGAGCCGAAACUUUUAGCAUUUUUCCUACGAGAAAAAAAAAAAACCUUUUAAAUCUGGACUUCUUUGUUACGGAUUAAAGUGCAGGGGGUCACUGGUUCUGUGCAGAACGUCCUUUAAUUUGUUCACCAUCAAACAGGUUGUUUGUGGUACGUGUUGUUUUUAUUCCAUCCGAUGUUUGAAACUCUUGUAUAUUAAAAUGUUUUCUAUCAACA